GCAAGGCCCGCCGCCUGCUGAGGGUCAAUCGUAACAGAGGCUGCGUCGUCAUCGGCUCCAAAACAAACCCACCGCACGCACCAUAAUUGAACUCCUCCCCAUUGUCGCUGCCACAGCCCUCCGCCGUCUAUGCUUGCCAGCUGACCGCCGCGAGUCGAUAUCGAUCGCCCUCCUUCUCCGUCGAGGCCGCAGGGCAGACAAGGACACCCACCGUGAGAGCUAUUGUCCGCCGAGCCCCGCGCCACUCGGGCAAGAUUGCGCCGACAAUGGCGUCCGUUCCCGCUCCGCCCGAGGACCAGGCCCGCCUGCUCGAGGAUGCGUUGAUUGCUGUGCGCCAGCAGACUGCCAUGAUGCGCAAGUGCCUCGAUACCCCAGGCAAGCUCAUGGACGCCCUGAAGUGCUGCUCCACGCUCGUCUCGGAGCUUCGAACAAGCAGUCUAGGCCCCAAGCAGUACUACGAACUCUACAUGUCCGUGUUCGAUGCGCUGCGCUACCUAUCAGUCCAUCUCCGCGAGAACCACCCCGUAAACCACCUUGCCGAUCUUUACGAGCUCGUCCAGUAUGCCGGCAACAUAAUCCCCCGCUUGUAUCUUAUGAUCACCGUCGGCACCGCCUACAUGGACAUCGACGCUGCGCCCGUCAAGGAGCUCAUGAAGGACAUGAUGGAUAUGAGCCGUGGUGUCCAGCACCCCAUCCGUGGCCUCUUCCUGCGCUACUACCUCACAGGCCAGGCCCGUGACUUCCUGCCGACGGGCGAGGGCGACGGUCCCGAGGGCAAUUUGCAAGACUCGAUCAACUUCGUCCUCACCAACUUUGUCGAGAUGAACAAGCUGUGGGUGCGCCUACAGCACCAAGGCCACUCCAGGGAGAGGGAACAGCGGACGCAGGAGCGCAAGGAGCUGCAACUUCUUGUGGGGUCCAACCUUGUGCGCCUGAGCCAGCUGGUCGACCUUGAGGCGUACAAGACCGUCAUCCUCGCGCCCCUCCUCGAGCAGGUUGUGCAGUGCCGCGACGUGCUAGCUCAGGAGUACCUACUCGAGGUCAUCACCCAGGUCUUCCCAGACGAGUACCACCUGCACACCCUCGAUCAGUUCCUGGCCGCCGUCUCACGAUUGAACCCCCACGUCAACGUCAAGGCCAUCGUGAUUGGCCUGAUGGACAGGCUGUCCGAUUAUGCGGAGCGCGAGUCCCAAAACGAGCCAGACGACGACAGGGGCAAGAUGGAGGAAGAUGCGCUGGCGGAGCUGCUGGAGAAGACGAAGUUGGCAAAAGAGCAGGCUGAGGCGGCUCCACAGCCGCAACCCGAGGCCGACACGAAGCCCUCAGAGCCGGAAGCCGAAGAGACAGCCAAGACCGAGGGCGGCGAAGCCCCCGCAACUGACACAACGGCUACCGGCGAGACUGGGGCAGUCGAAGCAGCCAAAGGAGCCGAAGGAGCUGAAGCAACCGAGUCAAUAGCAGACAGUGAGACCACGGCCGUGAAUGGUCAGGAGGCUGAGGUCGAGGCCCGACAAGAGGAGAACGGGGCGGACAGCGUCAAAAAGCAUAGGGGCAUCCCCGAGAACGUGAAGCUCUACGAGAUAUUCUUUGGGCAGGUCAAGAAUCUCGUGCAGGCCCAGCAUCUCCCCAUCCAAGACACGAUUGCCUUGUUGGUGUCGCUGGCAAACCUCGCACUUAACAUCUACCCCGAGCGCCUGGACUACGUCGACCAGGUGCUGGACUACGCCAAUCUCAAGGUGAGGGAACACGCCAACAGCCCGGAGCUGCAUUCUCCUCCGGCACAGCAAAGCCUCCUUGCGCUACUCCAAGCGCCCCUCAAGCGCUACGCCAGCCUCUUUACGGCUUUGGCGCUCCCCACCUUUGUGCCUCUCUUCCAGUCGCAAACGUACCCGACGCGCCGAGCCGUGGCGGGCGAGGUGGCUAGGAACCUCCUUCGCAACCACACACUCAUAUCGACGCCAGAGCAGCUGGAAAACGUGCUGGAAGUCAUGAAGGUGCUGAUAAAGGAGGGCUCACACCCGCCGGCAGGGUACCCGGGUGUGGUUCAGCCUAGGCAGCGGGCGACUGAGACGGAGGAGACCAUGGAGGAGCAGGGCUGGCUGGCACGCAUGGUGCACUUGCUUCACUCAGAGAACAACGACAUCCAGUUCCGGCUGCUGCAGAUGACCCGCAAGGCGUACGGUGAGGGCAACGACCGCAUCAGGACAACGACGCCUCCUCUGGUGACGGCGGGCAUGAAGCUGGCGCGCCGGUUCAAGGCGCGCGAGCACUACGAUGACAACUGGUCAUCACAGUCGUCGGCGCUCUUCAAGUUCCUGCAUUCGACCAUCUCGACGCUGUAUGCCCGCGUCAACGGCGCGGGCGCGGCGGAGCUCUCGCUGCGGCUCUUUUGCUCGUGCGGCCAGUCGGCUGACGCGGCCGGCUUCGAGGAGGUGGCCUACGAGUUCUUCGCGCAGGCCUUUACCGUUUACGAGGAGGCCGUGUCCGACUCCAAGGCGCAGUUCCAGGCCGUGUGCGUCGUCGCAAGCUCGCUGCACCAGACGCGCAACUUUGGAAAGGAGAACUAUGACACCCUCAUCACGAAAUGCGCUCAGCACGCCAGCAAGCUGCUGCGCAAGCCGGAUCAGUGUCGUGCCGUGUACCUGGCCAGCCACCUAUGGUGGGCCACCCCCAUUGCGGCCAACGACGAGGGUGAGGAUGCCGAGCUAUAUCGCGACGGCAAGCGUGUGCUCGAGUGCCUCCAGCGGGCGCUCCGAGUCGCCGACUCGUGUAUGGAGACGGCCACAUCAAUCGAGCUGUUUGUCGAGAUUCUUGACCGAUACGUCUAUUACUUUGACCAGCGGAACGAAUCGGUGACGACCAAGUACCUCAAUGGCCUUAUCGAACUCAUCCACUCCAAUUUUGCCGGCAGCCAGCAGGACUCGGCGUCGGUUGAGGCAUGCAGAAAACACUUUCAGCACACACUGGAUCUCAUCCGCAGCAAGGAGUACGAAGGAGUGGUGCUGUCUCCGAAAUAGUUGUCGUGCCUUAUUGCCGUUUUAAGUAAUCGUCGGCAGGUGUAAUGGAGCUCGGCCAAACCCAGCGUCUCUAUUUGUCUUUAUGUUUCCCAAGCGGAGUCCUCGCCUAAAAUGAAAGAUUCCUCGACCAGGUUGAAGAUGUCACCUUUCCCCACCCAGACCCAGAGAGAUUCAAAGUUUACCAGAUGCCGCCAAGAGAUGUUUUGUUGUUUUGGACUAUCAAAUCACGUUGAAGAGAGGCGGCUGUCAGAACCGCGGCGUGCUAAAUGCAACAUAGCGGAAUCCUAUGGAAUCGCCCGUCUGAGCUGCUUCUAUGGUUAGGGUGAGUCUGUCUGCCGAUUGCGUCGCCUUGGAUUUCUACGCCACAUGGCCUUGAUCGCCGUCUUGGGUUGCUCUGGCA